AUCUGUCCCGCGCCUCCGCCUCCGUGACGUUUUAGGGACGUGUUGGCUAGCGAUUGGUCGGUUCGGUGGAGGCGCGGUUGGCCUCCUUCGGCUCCCGGGACUCAGCUCGAGCGAGAAGAUGGCGUCGCGGGGAACUAACAAUGGCUUCCUGUCCAAAUGGAAGAUUGAUGACAAGCCUAUUAAGAUUGACAAGUGGGAUGGUGCGGCUGUGAAAAAUGCCCUGGAUGACGCUGCCAAAAAGGUUCUUCUGGAAAAGUACGGAUAUGAGGAGAAUUAUGGUCUCAUAGAUGGUCGGCUUCUCAUAUGCACGAUCUCCUGCCUCUUUGCAAUAGUUGCCCUGAUCUGGGACUAUUUGCACCCUUUUCCAGAGUCAAAGAAUGUACUUGCAGGCUGUGUUCUUUCCUAUUUUGUUAUGAUGGGGAUUCUCACUUUUUAUACUUCCUACAAAGAAAGAAGCAUAUUUUUAAUUGCAAUACAGAAAGACCCUGCUGGUUUGGAUCCAGGUGACAUCUGGCAGCUGUCAUCAUCUCUGCGGAGGUUUGAUGACCAGUACACAUUAAAGAUGACAUUCACUGAUGGCCGAACCAACCAGGAGCGGGAGAGGGAAUUUACCAAGUCCCUUGAGUACUUCUUUGAUGAAUCUGGAACCUUGGUAAUGGAUAUGUUUGAGCCCGAAGUGUCAAAGCUACAUGAUUCAUUAGGGAAGAAGAAGAAGAUGAAAUAAGAGUGUGUGUUUUGCAUUCUGUUGUAUUACUGGGAUUGUGCUUAAAAAAAGGAGGAAAAAAAACACUUAGUGAUUUUGUUGUGAUUGUGCCCUGUUCACUGCUGGCUGCUUCCACAGGCUUGCUUGUAUUUCCCAAAUACAUUCAGCAGCAUCAUAUGUUUGUACAAGACCUUUAACAGAGUAAAAUGGCUGAGGGCAGUUUGGGGUAGGGUUAAAUACAGCACCGAGAUUACAAAUGGUCUCUGCUGGAUUCUGAUGUUUUUAAUCGAAGGUUCUUUCACAAGUCAGCAAAGAGGCACACAACUUAUUGUAUUAUUUGAAAAAAAUUUAGAAAUGGUCAGUGACAAGUCUAGUAAGGGAAGGGAGAGAAGAAGCAAAGAUGAUGAUACUGUGUGUUCAGCUCUUUUUUAUACUCAUAGCUAAGAAACAUUCCAAUUAAAUUUGUAAAUAAGAGUUAGCCAAUCAGAUAGCCCCUAUUCAAAUAAUGUGAUACCAAGAAGCUUCCAGAAUCACACAAGAGUAAUCACAACAGGACAAUUGCAUAUACAUACUGUGGCCAUUAGGAAGCCUUUACAUGUGUAUAAAAGUACAAGCAGGAUUCAUUCAAAAUCAAUUUACAUUUAUUAUUAAAGUACUGUAUACAUGUAGUGUAUAACCCUGAGACAGCCACAAGACAAAGAAACAUCAUUGAACUGUUAAAAGAAAAACAUCAAUCCUCCCACCCGACCACCAUUGCUGAGUUCCUCCAGCGUCUUGUGUGUUGUGUUAGGUGGUGAAGUGAAGAUGUAAUUCUGAGGUUGAUAAUGAAUGAACCAAUCACCUUUUUAAAGGAAAAAAAUAAUAAUUCCCUGCCUGUGCAGCACCUUGUCAAUGUGUCUUCCCUUCAGUUCUGCACUUAGAGAAAUGUGGUGCUUCCAGAGUUAGACCAUUAAACACAGGAGCAGAAUUAGGCCAUUUGAUCCAUCAUGUCUUCUCCACUUCUCCGCAUCAUGGCUGAUUUAUUAUGACUCCCAACCCCAUUCCCUCCACUUUAAAUAUAUCCAGUGAUUUGGCCUCCACAGCUGUCUGGCAAUGAAUUCCACAGAUUCACCACCUUUGAGCUAAAGAAAUUCCUCCUUAUCUCUGGUUUGACUGAGUUUCUCUUUACUCUGAGGCUAAGCCCUUUGGUCUUAGACUUUCUCACUCCCCCCCCCCCCAAUAGGAAAUACCGUCUGCAUGUCCACUGUAUCUAGGCCUUUCAAUAUUCCAAUAAGUUUCAAUGAGAUUCCCCCUCAUUUUUAACUCCAGCAAGUACAGGCCCAGAGCCAUCAAAUGAUCCUCAUAUGUUAAAUCUCAUUCCAGGGAUAAUUUUCAUGAAUAUUUUCUGGACCAUCUCCAAUGCCAGCAGAUUUUUUCUUUGAUGAUUCUCCAAGUGCGAUCAGACCAAUGCCUUAAAAAGCCUUGGCAUUAUACCCUUGCUUUUAUGUUCUAGAAAUGGGUUUGUGUAGUAAUUCUGAGAUUGAAGAGGAAUGGGUCUACACUUUAAAAACUGUUUUCCUCUGGCAAUGCAGAGCUUUGUCAAUCUGACUCUCAGUUCUGCACUGGCAGAAGUGUGGUGCUUCUUGAAUUGGAAUUUUCAGAAUUUAGUUCAGAAUUUUGUUCCCCCCCCCCCCCCAGCUUUGCUUUCCUCACCUUUAAGUCCAUCGAGAUGUGGCAAUGGAUGGGCUGCACUCUUGGGGGGGAAAUCCUUUGCAUUCUCUGAAUAAAUAAAUAAGCAUGUAUAUUGCACCAUUCACAAGCUUGCAAAUUGCCAGGGAAUCCUACUACCAAAAAGAGUACAUUUUUGAAAUACAAUAAUUAAAGAGAUUAGCACUAUUUACAUGCACUUAAAAUAUACAGUGAAAUGCGUCAUUUUUUGUCAACUAUCAACAUAGCCCAAGGAUGUGCUCGGGCCAGUCCGUAGUGUCACCAUGCUUCUGGCACCAAUGUAACAUGCCCACAACUAAUUUACCCUAUCCUGUACUUUUCUGGACCGUGGGAAGAAACUGGAACUGCCACAAGACACUCGCAGUCAUGGAGAGAACGUACAAAUUCCUUGCAGACAGCAGCAGAAAUUGGAACCAGAUUGCUGGCACUAUAAAGCAUUGCACUAACUGCUAUGCUACUGCUUGCUACCUUGAUUGUGCUCAUUGCAGUGUGCUGAAAGAUCUUGGUUCUACAAGUGCAGUAAGUAAGGCCUUAGUUUAAUUAUCUCAUCUUUUAAAACAAAAUAUGUCAAUCAAGGUAUAUUGCUCUUGCAGUGAGCAUUACAUUCAGUUGACCACACAGAAUUGGAGCCCAGUAUGAUCUAUUGCUGUAGCUCAUCCAUUUAAAGCUUUGACAUGUUAUGCACAUACAUGCUCUCUGCAAACCUCUUGUAAUACAGUUAUUUGAGUUACCCUCAACUCUGUUAUCUUGAACCAGUCUAGACAUUCUCUGACCUCUCAUGAAUGAGGUGUUUUCGCACACAGAAUUGCUGUUCACUGGAUGUUUUUUUUUGUUUAUGGUACCAUUCUCUGUGAAGAUCCCAGGAAACCACCCUAUCUGGCACCAACAAUCAUUCUACACUUUGAUCACAUUUCUUCCCCAUUCUGAUGUUGGGUCUAAACAACUGAACUUCUUGACCAUGUCUGCAUUCUUUUAUGCAUUGAGUUGCUGCCACAUGAUUGGCUGAUUAGAUAUUUGUAUUAAUGAGCAUGUGUAUCUAAUAUGUAAUCUGACCUGAACCAAGCACUGCCUGAGCAGGGUGUGAGAGUUACUAACUGAGUUAUGUUAUGACUUCAUCAGCAUGGUGGUCAAAGCAGAUUACAUCUGUGGGACUCUGAUUUCUGAAUCUGAUCUUAUUUAGAGAUACAUCGCGAAACAGACCCAUCCACCCAAUGAGCUGUGCUGCCCAGCAACCCACCUAUUUAACACUAGCCUAAUCACAGUAUGAUGUACAAUGAUCAAAUAACCUAAGGUAUGCCUUUGAACUAUGGGAAGAAACUCACACAGACACAGAAAGAAUGUACAAACUCCUUACAGAUGACUCUGUACUCCAAUGCCCUGAGUUCUAACAGCAUCAUGCUAACUGCUGGGCUACCUCAUCAACUUUACCAUAUAAUUCUACAGAUGCUGGGCAAAGAAUUUUUUAACUGAUUUUAAACUAGUAAUUGGUGCUCUAAACUGAACAUGUCAUGAAAUUGCUACGUCUGUUUUCUGUAAAAAAAAAUAUCAAUUCAGCAGAUAAAACAUCAAGUUACAAUAAAGCCUGGAGCAGGUGUUUUAGUAUGGAGUGCCACUGUAGCGCAGCAGUUAGUGGGGCACCAUUUCAGCCCAGGAUGUCGGAGUUUUGAGUUCAAUUCCAUAAGAUGUUAGACCAGAAGUUGGCUCAUCAUGACUGCACCGUUCUUAGAGGAACAACACAAUUACAGGCCUUUCUGACCUAACGAUCCCUCAUUGCCCAAUUACACCCAGGUGACCAAUAAACUUACUAACCCAUAUGUCUAGAAUGUGGGAGGAAACCCAUGCAGUCACAGGGAGAACACAACCUGCUUACAGUGUCAGAAUUGGCCACCAGUCUGGCGCUGUAUCUAAAUAAAUAAGUACAAUAUGAGAACAGAUUUACAAAAAAUGUGUCAGUGUUUUCAAACAGCAAGUCUUCUGAGGUGUCUCCUCACUAAUGACAUUUUGGUAUACUCAUUUGAGAGCAAACUUCCAAUUUUAUUUAGAGAUACAGAGGAUGCCUCAAGCUGUAGUAGUGUCACACUAACUGCUAUGCUACAGUGACAUCCAAUUAUUAUUGACUGACUUAAAUGCAUGGAAAUAUACAGUGAAAUUCGUUGUUUGUGCUAACAACCAGCACACUCUAAGGAUGCUAUGGGGCAGCCUGCAAGUGUCAGCACAUAUUCCAAUGCCAAUAUGGCAUGCCCACAAUGCUUAGCAGAACACACAACAUAAGAAGUGUCAUAUGAUCAUGACCAUGAUUGUUCUUAGAAAAUUCUUCUACAGAAAUAGUUUGCCAUUGCCUUCGUCUGGGCAGUGUCUUUACAAGACAGGUCACCCAGCCAUUAUCGAUACUCUUCAGAGAUUGUCUGUCUGGUAUUAGUGGUUGCAUAACCAGAAUUUGAGAUAUGCUCCAGCUGCUCAUAUGGCCAUCCACCACCUGCUCCCCUGGCUUCACGUGGCCCUAAUCGGGGGGGGGGGGGGAGAGGGGCAAGCAAGUGCAACACCUUGCCCAAGGGUGACUUCCAGACCAGCGGAAGGAAGGAGAGCCUUUCACCUCCUUUGGUAGAGAUGUACUGUAUCUCCACUCCGCCACCAACAAGCAACAAAACAAGCCCCUUUCCUUCCUCCCAAGACACACCUCCAGUGGACUUACCAACAAUGGGCUUCCAAACUGUCCUUGCUGUACAACACCCUAGUCCACUUUCCAUAUCUUGGCACCCACCUCACAAUGAAUGCAGAUCAAAUUCACCAUUUCUAAGCAUUUCAAUAUCAAGACCUCAAACUAAUAAAACCUGAUGCUUUAAACAAGGGAUUCUGCAGAUGUGGGAAAUCCAGAGCAACACACACAAAAUGCUGGGGGAACUCAGCAGAUCGGGCAGUGCCUAUGGAGGGGAAUAAACAGAAUCGAGUAAUAUCACUGGCAUAUGUCAUAUGACAUUUGGUGUUUUGUGGCAAUACAUAACAAAAACUAGAUAAGUAGUAAUAUAAAAAUAAAAUAAUUAGUGCAAUAACAGUGGGGUAGUGUGCACAGGUUCAUUGUUCAUUCAGACAUCUAAUGGUGGACAGGAAGAAGCUGUUCCAAAACGUUUUACCUUUUCCUGAAACAUCAGCUGUUGAUUCCUCUCCAUUGAUGCUGACUGACCUGCUGAUAUCUUGCAGCAUUUUGUGUGAAAACCUGUGGUCUACAGGACAGCAGUGGUCCACACUCUUGGGCACUUGAGAUUAAAUACAAAAUGCACUUCAAGCACAGUGAGAUACCACUGAUGUUGUCACCCCAAAAUCCAUGGUGCAAUAAACCAGUGCCUGGCUGAUUUAUUAUCACUCUCAACCCGUUCUCCUGUUUCUUUUAUAUUGACAUCCUGAUUAAUCAAUAGCCUAUCAGCCUCCACUUAAAAUAUACUCAAUGAUUCGGUCUCCACAGCUGUCUGCGGCAAAGAAUUCCACAGAUUCACCACCCUCAUCUCUGUUCUAAAGGGACGUCCUUCUACUCUGAAGCUGUGCUCUCUGGUCCUGGACACCCCCACAAUAGGAAGCAUCCUCUCCACAUCCACUGCAUCUAGGCCUUUCAAUAUUCAAUAAGUUUCAAUGAAAUAUCCCCUCAUUCUUAUAAAGUAUGGGCCCUGAGUCUUAAAAUGCUUUACAAAGCCCCAGCAUUACAUCCUUCACAAGGAAUUAUUCCCGCAUUGGAGAACAUCUGUUUUAACUUAGUUUGACUUUGUUUAAUGUGGUGAGCCUGAUGUACGGACAGCCACCACAUCGAGCUUAACAGAUUGGGGUCAAAGUCCAAUGGAACAGAAUGCAAGACCACUGGGGACCCUUCUCUGCUAGAUCCUUACUCCUCCUUCACUGCUGUUGUGAUGUGUCAUCUUCUAAUGCUGUUGAGCUCUUAGUUGGAACGCUCUUUGUCCAGUACCUCCCCCUGAACCUUUCUGCCAUGGGUCACCUUACCAGGGCCAAGUUCCGAACAGUAUCACCCUCAGGAUCCCAGAGCCUCUCCACCAUGGCGAGGUGACAGUCCUCAGGGAAGAAUGGCAUUCCUACUCUUCUUUCAGGAUAUGGAAUCUGAAGGCAUGGUGGAAUGUAGAAGAGAAUAUCCCUACCUUGGGAAAAGACUGUGGCCAUCCAUAUAAUCUAUGUCCUUCAUGUCUUAUUAACCUUUGUAUGGUCAUUCCCCAUCCUCCUACGCCUCAGGGGAAAAUGUCCAGCUUAUCCAAUCUCAGCUGGCAUCAGAUAUCACCAGCCAGCUUGUACUCCAUCCCCUCGACCCCACACCUUCUCAGUCUGGCUUCUCCCCAUUUCCUUUACAGUCCUGACAAAGGGCUUUGGGUCCUCAGUGCUGGGGAGUCCAGUGCCCAUUAUGGAGCUAGCUGAGUUUACAACCCUCUGCAACUUUUCCUGAUAUUGUGCAUUGGCCCCUCUGUAUCAAUAGCUGAUGCAACCAGUCAGAAUGAUCUCUAAGAUAUAUCAAAUCAGAUCUCUUCAGACUCCUAAUGAAAUAUAGUUGUUGACGUGCCUUCUUCAUAUUUGCAUCAAUAUGUUGGGCCAAGACAAAUCUUCCUAGAUGUUGACACCCAGAAACUUGAAGUUUGAAACAUCUCUAAAGUAUUUGGAACAACACAGAAUACUGCAUUCAGAAGGGUCAGGGAACAUUGACUUACCAUUUGCCUCCAUAGAUAAUGUCUGACCUGCUGAGUUCCUCUGGCAUUUUGUCCGCUGCUCUAGAUUUCCGGGAUCAACAGACUCUCAUCUCAAACAUAUCUGCCUCCACCACCAUGUCUGGCAGUAUGUUCCAGGAACCUGCCAGUUACUGUAUAAAAAUCAGAUGUUCUUCAUACAGAUUUGCUUUAGCUCUAUUUACAUGUGCUUCAAAGCAUACGGUAAAAUGCUUCUUUUGAUUCAGCAAAAUGCUCUUUCCUCACUGUUUCUAUCAGGAAGAAGGUACAUGAAUCUCAGAACUCACACCACCAGGUUCAAGAAUAUUUAUCACCCCUCAACCAUCGGGGCCUUGAACCAGAGGGGAUAACUUCACUCAGAUUCACUCAUCCCAACCUGAACUGCUCUCACAACCAAUUGACUCACUUUAAAGGACUCUUCAUUCUCAUGUGCUCAAUAUUUAUUGCUUAUUUAAAAACACAAAAUGCUGGCAGAACUCAGCAGGCAAGACAGCAUCUAUGGGAGGAGGUAGUGAUAACGUUUCAGGCCGAAACACUUCAUCACUCCUGAUUUAUUUCCAGCAUCUGCAGAUUCACUCGUGUUGUUUAUUGCUUAUUUUCAUUCUUUUUGUAUUUUUACAGUUUGCUGUCUUUUGCACAUUUUGGUCAUUUGUCUUGUAUGUAGUCUUUUAUUGAUCCGAUUGUCUUUCUUUGUAUUUACUGUGAAUGCGCACAAGAAAAUGUAUCCCAUGGUUAUAUAUGGUGACAUAUACUGUAUAUACUUUGAUAAUAAAUUUACUUUGAACUUUGACCAGCA